AUGUUUCGCGUCCCUCCUAUUACUUUUACAGUGUCUGCCCUGAGCGCUUGUAUGCUGACUGUAUGUCUUAUUGCAAUGGUGUACAUCAAAUGGGAUAUUCAGGACGCUUACAAAUCAUUGGACACCGAAAUGCAUCACUUCAAAGUAAUCACUGAUGAUUUAUGGAACGAUUUGAUAAUACUUGGACAAAAUCCUUCAAAAGGGCGUCAAAGGAGACACAAUGAGAAAGGUUCAGAUAGUAUCCAUGAAUAUGGAAAUCACCCUACUGAAAUCUCCCACAACAAAGCAUCGUUAGUUACUAGCAACACUGAAGGUCAGCACGAUUCUCGCACAUCAGUUCCACCUUCUAGCACUGACAGUACUUUGCUGGAGUUGUACAAGUUCAAGUCAACUGGCGACAGAAAUAAAGGACUUGAUCAAUUUUUCAAGCCGGUUACCGGUUCAUCUUUACCCAAUAUAGAUGGCGAACAAAAAACAAAAGGUUCUCCGCCGAGUGGACCACAAUUAACCGAUAUUUGCAAAUGUGCUAAAGGAAACUCGUGUCCAGUUGGGCUGCCAGGCUCUAAGGGUCCACCAGGACAUACUGGGUUAAACGGUAUACCUGGCACUGAUGGGCAACCUGGCAAAGAUGUUGAAAAUAUGUCACCGCUUCACCACGAAGCGCCAUGUUAUCACUGUCCCCGAGGACUGCCUGGUAUUCCAGGAGCAGUUGGGAAACCCGGCCUAAGAGGAGUCUCAGGUGCAAAAGGUCAGAGCGGUGUCCCUGGAAGAAAUGGACAACCAGGACCACCUGGUGAACCUGGAUCGGCAGGACCUAUAGGUAAAGAUGGCGAAAUGGGUCCUCCAGGUUCUAGAGGUUUAGAUAUGCACCAUUUAGUUGGUCGUCCUGGUUCGAAGGGAUCAAGGGGACCACUAGGACCAGCAGGACCACCCGGAGAUAAAGGUGCUGAGGGGCAAACUGGUAAAGCUGGCCCACAAGGUUUACCAGGAAGCCCUGGCCCUGCUGGUCUGCCUGGUCCUCAAGGACCAAUAGGACCUGAAGGCGAAGAAGGAAGGCCUGGAAAAGAUGCCGAGUACUGUCCAUGCCCAUCUCGGCGACCCAAUAUCAUGCAUCACGAGAGAAAGGAACACAAAGCAGCAAUUACAUUAUAUAGCUAUGGUGACAACGACGGAAGGUCGAUUAGCGGUGGCUCUACUUAUAAGAAACUAUAA